AUGUCUCUCUCCAUAAAACUCUUCAUCAUGUUCUUAUUGAUUGAAUGUUCCACUGCAAAACCUAUACGGCAACGUGAUCUAGAUCUAGACAUUGACUAUUCCAGUUUCUUCAAAGAGAUGAUUGAAGGAUGGCAACGUGAAGCAACUGAGAAAUACCCUUUUAAGCCAGAUUUCGACAACUAUGACGGCUCCUCUUUCCGACAAUACCUUGACCAACAUUCUGCCAACAUAUCUUUUUUUCUACAAGGCAAGGCUCAAGCUUAUGUUUGUCAGUGGAACAACUGGAAGCCAUACCGUGACUUGGGGAACAAGAUAGGUGUGUUGUGGCCAUUAGAAGAUAAAGCUAAUUGUCCUCAAAUUGAAGCAAUGAAUCUCCUGACCUACAUGAUACAUGGCCUGAGUCGUCGUUACAACAUUCUACGUUUAUUGAAGUAA